GCGGAAAGAAAGUAGUACUAAAUGUUUAUGUAAAAAAAAAAAAAAAAAGUUGUAAACGUUAGAAUUGGCCAUACAGCUUAUGCGCACUCCGCGUCAGAAUCUUCAACCCUAAACUAAACUCAACUCAGCCAUCGAACCCCCAACUUUGAUUGGGCAGCGUCCACGUUAACUCCGCAUCGAUCUUCACAGCUUCCAGAAUAUAAAAGGGAGUGUGGUCAAGUAUGGCUUCUCAGAUCCUGAGACGAACCCUCGGAAGUCGCUAUCUGGCAAACGCUAGGGCCUUCUCUUCUGCUUCCACUCCCAUUCGGGCCACUCUUUUCCCCGGAGAUGGUAUUGGUCCUGAGAUUGCUGAAUCCGUCAAACAGAUAUUCCAAGCUGCUGAAGUUCCAAUUGAAUGGGAAGAGCAUUAUGUAGGGACUGAAAUUGACCCUAGAACACAGAGCUUUCUUACAUGGGAAAGUUUAGAAUCAGUGAGGAGAAAUAGGGUUGGCUUGAAAGGGCCAAUGGCCACUCCUAUUGGAAAAGGGCACCGAUCAUUAAACCUUACCCUGAGAAAAGAACUUAAUUUAUAUGCCAAUGUCCGACCUUGUUACAGCCUUCCUGGCUACAAAACUCGAUAUGAUAAUGUAGAUCUCAUCACAAUCCGUGAAAAUACAGAAGGCGAGUACAGUGGACUUGAACACCAGGUCGUGAGGGGUGUAGUAGAAAGUCUCAAAAUCAUUACACGUCAAGCAAGUUUAAGAGUGGCUGAGUAUGCUUUCCACUAUGCCAAGGCACAUGGAAGAGAGAGGGUGUCUGCUAUACACAAAGCCAACAUUAUGCAAAAGACUGACGGUCUUUUCCUGAAGUGUUGCCGUGAGGUUGCAGAGAAAUAUCCAGAGAUAAAGUACGAGGAAGUUGUCAUUGACAAUUGCUGCAUGAUGCUUGUGAAGAAUCCUGCACUUUUUGAUGUAUUGGUGAUGCCUAACCUUUAUGGCGAUAUAAUCAGCGACCUUUGUGCUGGCUUGAUUGGAGGAUUAGGCUUGACACCCAGCUGCAACAUUGGUGAGGGAGGUAUUGCACUUGCUGAGGCUGUACAUGGUUCAGCACCUGAUAUUGCUGGGAAGAAUUUGGCAAAUCCAACUGCUUUGCUGUUGAGUUCUGUUACAAUGUUGCGCCAUUUGGAUCUCCAUGAUAAAGCGGAUCGGAUUCAAAAUGCCAUCCUCAACACAAUUGCAGAAGGGAAGUAUCGAACAGCUGAUCUUGGUGGCAGUUCAAAGACAACGGAAUUCACAAAAGCAAUUAUUGAUCAACUUUGAUAUUUUUGCUUUGAAGUCGACAAGAAAUUGUUAAUUAUGAUUUUGUUUCAGUCAAUUUCCUUUUAUUUCCCCAAAUUUUCCAGAGGAGUAGGAUUACCUCAUCUUAAUGGAUAAGUUAUGACAUUACAACCAAAGACAAGAACUCGGCAAAGCAUUCAAAUAUUCGCUGUCCACUGCUGCUGUCUUAUGGCAUUGAGAGGGGACCUUUCAAAAUGCACAUUGAUUGAUGAUAACCCUCCCCAGUCCAUUUUAGUAUUCUUUGUCAAUAAUAUAGUUAAAUAAAAGUACCAAUGAUGUUUCAUUCCUUCGUGAUUAUCACUUUCUUAUUUGUGUUGCCUUUUGUUUGCUUGCUUUAAAUUUUUGAAAUACUAUUAUUUUGAUAAUAAUAGCAACAUGCUUGUCCUUACUAUUA